GAAGAGGGGAAGAUGCAAGCCCUGGACAGAUGAAAUCAUGAAAGUCCCCCCUCCGAGAAGAGGGGAAAGCAUCCGCAAUUGGACUCAUCUAGCCGCCUUAGUGGUCGCGUUGCCCGCCCUCACUGGCUGCGCGCUGCGAUGGAGUCCCCAAGACUCGGAGGGUCGCGGACACGUCGACACCGCACGGUCGACUCCUCCAUAGGCUACGUUCCUGAGAUGGUGAAAUCUACCAGGAUCCAUCCAUGGUGUUUUCGCCACCAAGUGGGAGGAGGAGGAAGAGGAGGAAGAGAAAAAAGUUUAGUUGUGAAAGACAGGAUUUGAAAGAGGUCGAUUGAAGAGGGUGUCUCAAAUGAUACGUUCGGGGGACGAUGUGUCGGACGAAUGUUUGUUCUUUUCUUUUCUUAGAUGUUUUUUUUAUUUUUAUUUCAUGUUUAAUUUUUUUUUUUUUUCUCUUUGAAGUCUUUUGACUGAGGCUCAC